AUGGAUCCAGAGUUGACUUUCAAUAGCAGUUAUGUUGUUAGUGCCAUACAUCCCUGCUAUGAAUCAAACAAUGCGUCUUACUUCUUUACAAGCAACCCUUCCAUAAUAUGUGUGUUGUUAUAUAUGUUUCUUGGUUCACUGUCUGUGGUCACAAUAUGUGGAAACCUUCUUGUAAUCAUCUCCAUCAUUUAUUUCAAACAGCUCCACAACCCUACAAACUACCUCAUCCUCUCUCUGGCAGUGGCUGACUUACUUGUAGGAGUUUUGGUUUUUCCUUUCAGCAUGGUGUUCACUGUCACCUUUUGUCUGUAUCAUGAGGAUUUUAUGUGUAAAAUGCGCGACAGCUUUGAUGUGUCGCUGUGCACAUCUUCUAUUCUGAACUUGUGCUGCAUUUCCAUAGACAGAUACUAUGCAGUGUGUCAGCCUCUGACAUACAGAACUACAAUAACUGCUCAUGUUACUGUGAUUAUGAUUCUGGUGAGCUGGGGUGUUUCUGCUUUUGUAGCAGUUGGUAUCAUAACUGCAGGAUUCAGCCAAGGUACAUGUGAAGAAACAUGUACUGUUGAUAUUAUAAUGGCAAACAUUAUGGGACCUGUUUUCUCAUUUUACCUUCCAGCGAUCAUCAUGCUCAGUAUUUAUCUCAGAAUUUUCCUGGUUGCACAGAAACAAGUAAACAGCAUCCAGAACACAACAAAAUCUGGAGCAGCUGUCAGUAGGAUGGAGAGAAAGGCCACUAAAACUCUAGCUAUAGUUAUGGGGGUUUUCCUCUUAUGUUUGACACCUUACUUUCUUUGUAUUGGUUUGCAGCUUUUUGCUUCUCAUUCUACACCGGUCCCUGUGAUUGAAACACUCAACUGGCUCACACUGUCCAAUUCGAUGCUGAAUCCAUUCAUUUAUGCUUUCUUCUACAGCUGGUUCAGAUCAGCUUUCAGAAUGAUCAUUUCUGGAAAAAUAUUUCAGGAAGAUCUUUCCAACUCACAACUAGUGUGAUUAUUUCACAUUUUGCUAAAAUGCUUAAAUAUGCAUUCCAGCAAAAUGUAUAUACUUAAAAUAUAUCUGUUUAAACAAUAGAUAUAUUUUCCCACGUCACAAAUACAGGUCCUUAACCAUUACAAUACUUUGGAGUGACUAUAUAAACCAUCAUAUCUAUUUUUCUGAAAAGCACUGUUUUAAUGCAUUGUUUAAAGAACAGCAGGGUUCAGUGACCCAGGAAACUUCAUCUGAUCAUGUUAGAAAUGUGGCUGCAAGCACUGAUAUUAAGUUUUAUUUCAAAUAACAUGCAGUUUUUUAGAAUACACUUUCCUGGAAAUGGGAAAUAGCGUGAAUUGUGGAUUCCUGGGAAUCCUGUUUCCAGAAUUAAACAUUGUUCAGAAAGUUUUAGUCCAUGA